CAGUGAGUCCUACUCUUCAUCAGGCUAGUGAAGCUUUCUGGAGACGGUGCACUUUAAACAGACAGGCGGCUGCUCUUUGCAGGAGGCCCAAAAGACUGAAGAAGGAGGAAAUCUGAGCUGUACACUUUAUCCACAUGGCAGAGCCCAACUUCCCUCCGCUGCCUGGAUUCAUUCCACUCAAGCCAUGCUUCUACCAGGACUUCGAUGAGAUCCCUGAACAGCACCGCAGCAUGUGCAAGAAAAUGUACCACCUGUGGAUGUUGAAUAGUGCUACUCUUGCGGUGAAUCUCAUUGGGUGUUUUGCUUGGAUGUUUGGUGGAGGUGGCGUGACCAACUUUGGACUGGCUAUCAUCUGGCUCAUCAUGUUCACUCCCUGCUCUUAUGUCUGUUGGUUCAGGCCCAUCUACAAGGCCUUCAAGAGUGACAGCUCCUUCAACUUUAUGCAGUUCUUUUUUGUGUUCAUGGCACAAGUUGGCAUCAGCAUCAUCCAAAGCAUAGGCAUCCCUGGAUGGGGAGUAUGUGGUUGGUUAGCUACCAUCUCCUUCUUCAGCUAUAACAUUUUUAUUGCGCUGAUCAUGUUGGUCCCUACUAUCAUGUUCACUGCAGUCGCCUCACUGUCCUUCAUUGCUCUCACCAAGAUCCAUAACUUUUACCGUGGCAGUGGGGGCAGCAUGUCCAAAGCUCAGGAGGAAUGGGCCACAGGAGCCUGGAAGAACCCUCAUGUGCAAGAAGCAGCCCAGCAGGCCGCCAUGGGGGCAGCUACUGGAGCCAUGCAGGACCAGUACUCCAGCCCACAAUAUAACGAUAACCAGAUGUAGCCUCUGCAAAACCGAGGUAUCAAAGAAAUGACGCAAUAUUUAUGCCAAAGUCUGAGCAACAGGGUUAGAAUAUUUGACCAUUUCCCACGAUAUUGUUGAUUUUUAAGUUAAAAAAAAAGGUUUCAGAAACAACACUGUUCAGUUUUUUACAUUUUUGGCCAAAAUACUGAUUCAGCAGCGAUUUCAAGCAAUUUCAUCAUUUGGCAACAAAUAGCUCUGAACAUCUGUGGAAAGCUUGUUUUCGCCUUCCUACAUUAAAGAGCAUGAUAAUUAUUUGUUGUCUUUUAUAUAAUUUCAUAUGUUUCUUUCCGGUUUUGGAGAUUGAAAUGAAACUAGCUUUGAAUGUGUAUUACUUUAGUGGCUCCAUGAGAGCCGUGUGCUGAUGUGCUCUUUGUGUUGAGCUGCAGUUCUAGCAAUUUGUACAAGAGAAAAAUAUCUUUUUUUUGUUUAUUCAAAAAUACAAACAAUUGAUGUACAGGGACUUUUGAUGUUUUGAUAGAUAUUCAAUGAUUUAGUAUUAUCUUAUUUCAUGUAUUUACCAAUGCACUAAUGUAAUUGUGCAUUAGAACAAUAAAAUGUUUAGGAUGUAAAGUUACUUUUCUUGUAUUUUAAAUUUAAAGUUAUAUAAAAGAUCACAUGUAAUAUUGUAACAUUACAAAUCACGCUACUUUACAGGAUCUCAGUAUAAUUUAAUCAUAUUUCUAUGCAUUUUAUCAGGGAUUGCACUGUGAAAUGAAAGAAUGUUUUAAUGUUGAAAGGAAGUCUGUCUGUAUUAAAAUAGGAAACAGUAUUAUUGCAAGUUUUCAUUUGGAUUU